AAGAAAGUUUCGCCCCGCCGCCAAGAGAGAAGCGUGAACAUGGCCUCGCCAAGGUGGUUCUGGUCUGUGUGUGCGAUCGCAGCGGUGGCACUGCUGCUCGUUUCCAAGGUUCCUUCGGCCUCUGCCCAAAGAAAGAAGGAGAUGGUGUUAUCUGAGAAGGUUAGUCAGCUGAUGGAAUGGGCCAAUAAGAGACCUGUAAUAAGAAUGAAUGGAGACAAGUUCCGUCGUCUUGUUAAAGCUCCACCGAGAAAUUACUCAGUUGUCGUCAUGUUUACUGCUCUCCAACUUCAUAGACAAUGUGUCGUUUGCAAGCAAGCUGAUGAAGAAUUCCAGAUUUUGGCAAAUUCUUGGCGAUACUCCAAUGCAUUUACCAACAGGAUAUUUUUUGCCAUGGUGGAUUUUGAUGAAGGCUCAGAUGUAUUUCAAAUGCUAAACAUGAAUUCAGCUCCAACUUUCAUCAACUUUCCUCCGAAAGGAAAACCCAAAAGGGCUGAUACAUAUGAGUUGCAGGUGCGAGGGUUUUCAGCUGAGCAGAUUGCCCGGUGGAUUGCAGACAGAACUGAUGUCAACAUUAGAGUAAUUAGACCUCCAAAUUAUGCUGGACCCCUAAUGUUGGGACUGCUGCUGGCUGUUAUUGGUGGACUUGUGUAUCUGCGAAGAAGCAAUAUGGAGUUCCUCUUUAAUAAAACUGGAUGGGCUUUUGCAGCUUUGUGUUUUGUACUUGCUAUGACAUCUGGCCAAAUGUGGAACCAUAUAAGAGGACCACCAUAUGCUCAUAAAAAUCCCCACACAGGACACGUGAAUUACAUCCACGGGAGCAGCCAGGCCCAGUUUGUAGCUGAAACCCACAUCGUUCUUCUAUUCAAUGGUGGGGUUACCUUAGGAAUGGUGCUUUUAUGUGAAGCUGCUACCUCUGACAUGGAUAUUGGGAAGCGAAGGAUGAUGUGUAUUGCUGGGAUUGGACUCGUUGUGUUAUUCUUCAGUUGGAUGCUCUCUAUCUUUCGAUCAAAAUACCAUGGCUAUCCAUACAGCUUUCUGAUGAGUUAAAGAGGAUUCCAGAGAAACAUUGACACUGGUAAUGGAAACUGAAAAAUAAAAACUAUUUGGUGUUUGAAGAAUGCAACUCACAUAUUUUAUAUUACCUCUUUUUGUCAAGUGAUCUAAGUAGUUAAUCAUUAAACCAAAGAUGUGUAGUGCCUUAACAAGCAGUUGUAAAGAUCAUGAAGUGUUUGGAAUUGUGCUCCUCCUAACCUUCCCUUCCCAAUGAACUUAGGAAACAUUUGGGGUUUGUAGUAUUAAGUACUUUAUAAACAUUUAAAACUACUACUUCAUUUUACUUAGAGAAAAACUCAAAACUACUAUAGUUAACUUGAUUUUAUCUCAUCUAAGGUUGGGGAUGGAAGGUUCUGAGCAGGAAUCUCCACCUCUGCCUAUUGCAAACAACUGCAUCUGGAAGCCAUUGUUCCUUUUCCUUCUUUGUGCAGAUGUGUGUGCUUUACAGACCUUUCCUCUUGGGCCCAGGUAUCAUAUACACUGUGUCAUCUGAAAAUGGACCGUGUCGCCUUUGGAAAGAUACAUGUCUUCCUGUGUCUUUCCACCUGAAAUCAGCUACAUAUAUGCCUCCUUUUACACAUUCAGAAGUACCUCUAACUAAAGACUAUGAUUUGUGCAUGAGUGUGCUAUAACUACCUUGUACAUGGAAAGAUUUCUCAUUCUGUUUCUAGUUUUAUUUAAAGUAGCCCUUCUCUAACAAUAAUAGUUUCUUGCUAAAAAUCAGUAUAACUUAUAAAUGGUCUCAAAUGUUUGUGUAAGUUACGCAUUGUUAUUGAUUUCAUUCUUAUGUAACAGAAAAAUAAGCUGAGUUGUGUUCAUGGAAAGGACUCCCUUAGAAGAAUGAGAAAACACAAUCAUGAAAUACUGAUUUGUUGCCUAGGUACAGAAAUGAAAUGGUUUGCCAGGCUGUGGUAGAUGAAGGCUGAGCUCUGUGAGUUUGUGGUCAGCCUGGGCUACAUAGUGAGACCCUGUAUCCAGGGGAAAAGAAAAAAAAAGGAAGGAAGGAAGAAAAGUAGCAUGUUUUCAAGCUGAGGCUGGGGCUCAGAGGUAUAGUGCUUGCCUAGCAAGAGUUACACUCUGUGUUCAAUCCCAAUGCCUUAGAAAGAUUUCUUGAAACCUGGUCUGUGAAUUUUUCCUUGUUUUGAUAAGGACUGUUCCUUGAAACCUGGUCUUUUGUUUUUUAAAACACAUGUUCGUAAAACAUGGGGCUAUUUUUUUAAAAUAAGUGUUUCUUGAAACCUAUUAUGGCUCUUGUUUUCAUUUUUGUUUUUGUGUGCCGGUUUUCUAAAAGCAAUGUUCUUGAAACCUGUCUUUGAGACAGAGCUCUCGCUGCUCUUACCUCUCUUAGGGAGAGCUGUCCCGCCUUCAGCUCACAUUCAUCCUCCUGUCUCAGCUUCUCAAGUGCUGGGGUUGCAGGCUUGUGCCACCAUUGACUGUAAUCUGCUUUUGCUAUCAGUUUAGCUUUUUAUUUACCCCGUCAAUUAGAGAUACAAAGAAUGGUAGCAGGCACCUGCCUCUGCUCUUAGCUACCCUGCUGGCUGAAGUAGAAUCCAAGAAGACCAAGAACUUGACACAUUCUGGCAUCAUAUUAACACCUCAUCUCAAAAAUAUGUCAGAAAAGAAAACUAUGAAGGGAUUUUGUUUGAAUUUUAUCUUUUUUUCCUGGUAGUGAAAAUAACCAUAUAUGCUAACCAGUUUUCUAUGAGGAAUAUUUAAAUCAUGGUUAUAAUAUGGCUGACUCUGGCUUUCACCAUAGUUAUUAAGAAUAAUCCAGGGAGCUGGAGAGAUGGCUCAGUGGUUAAGAGCACUGACUGCUCUUCCUAAGGUCCUGAGUUCAAAUCCCAGCAACCACAUGGUGGCUCAUAGCUAUCCAUAAUGAGAUCUGAUGCCCUCUUCUGGUGUGUCUGAAGACAGCUACAGUGUCUUACAUAUAACAAUAAAUAAAUCUUUAAAAAAAAAUAGGUUUGCCAGGGCUAAAGAGAUGGCUCAGUGGUUAAGAGCACUGACUGCUCUUCCAGAGAUCAUGAGUUCAAUUCCCGGCAACCACAUGGUGGCUCACAACCCUCUGUAAUGGAAUCUGAUGCCUUCUUCUGGUGCACCUGAAGAUAGCUACAGUGUACUUACAUACUGUACAUUAAAUAAAUAAAUAAAUAAAUGAUCCAAAAUGCUACUGUUAAGAAAGUGUACUCUUAGGCCGGGCAGUGGUGGCGCACACCUCUAACCCCAGCACUUGGGAGGCAGAGGCAGGCGGAUUUCUGAGUUCCAGGACAGCCAGGGCUAUAGAGAGAAACCCUGUCUCAAAAAAGAAAGAAAGAAAGAAAGAAAGAAAGAAAGAAAGAAAGAAAGAAAGAAAGAAAGAAAGAAAGAAAGAAAGAAAGAAAGAGAGAGAGAAGGCAGGAGGCUUGGAGUGGAGCUCAGUGCUAGAGCACUUAAAAGGCUGUGGGUUCAAUCCCAAAUACCACAAAAAUCUAGGAAUGUAACUGAAAAAUGGAAAGACAUAUUAGAAACUACAUUUAAAAUAUAGACAUGGAUAUGUGACUGAGUUGAUACAGUGCUUGCCUAGCCAUGGGUUCAAACCACAACAUCACAUAAGCCGGGUAUGGGUGUAAGCACAUGUGUGUUAUCCCAGUGCACUCGGGAGACAGAUGGGAACCAGAAGUUCACCCUCAUCCUUGAGCAUAGCGUGAGUAUAAGGCCAACCUGAGCUACAUAAAGACUCUAUCCCAAAGACAAAACAAAAAACAAGAAAAGAUACUGUGACUAUUCCCUGCUAUUGAUCAUGCAAUAGCCUUCCCAUGUCUUAUAUAAUGGAGUUUAUAGAAAGAGAUGGACAUAAUUGACCCAGGAAAAAAAUUUGGGGGUGAUUUGUUGUGGUUGCUACAAAUUUGAUGACUAGAAGGAUCAUUCCUUGUAAAUUGAGUGAUUCUUAAUUUCUUAUCUGCUAUUCAUGUACUUGUCUCUGCCAAAUGAAUUUACGCUGUGAUUCUUAGGAAACUAGUGUGAAGACUUGUCAAGUUGAACUGGGCAACACUCCUACUGUGUUAUCUCUAGCUGCUGGUGCCUCCCGUGGCCAGUGUUUUGUGUGUUUUCUCCUUGUUUAAGAGCAACAUUCUUGUAUGGAGAAAGGCUUGCUCUGGCUAAAAUCUGUGAAAAGCAGAUUUUCUCAUUUAAAAUAGUGUUACUUUUGUGGAAAUUUUAAAUUUAGCUUUUAUCUGAAGUGCCUUAAGUAGAUUCUUAAUUUACUUUUCUAGUACUGGUUUGAAUAUAAUUCAUUAUGUAUUUUUAAUAUACUGUUCAAAAAUGAUACAUACUAUAGCAAAGAUAACCAAAUGUCUGGCUUACUGCUUUCUGUCAAUAAACUUUUACAAUCUAAA